AAACGUCAAAUACAUACAAGUGACAUAUCAAUAUAUUCUGAUAUUCGGCAUUCGAUGUUUACACAUCACUAAAUAAUCCACACAUAGACUACGUGGAAACGCACAAUUUUUCACCCGCAAACCAUGCGAGUUAUUUUGCCAUUUUCCGAUAAAUCGUACAUAAAGUAACAAUAUUUUUAGUAAACAUGAAACUGAUUGGGCUAUUUGGUUUUUUAACACUGAUUGCACUGAAUGUCGCGAAUGUGUCAGCAUGGGACCAAGAAGAGCUGGAAAUAUUCGAUUUGGUUGAAGAAAUCAAUCAAAAUUUUUAUACGAUUCUCAAAGUCGACCAGCAAGCAACGUCGGCUGAAAUUCGUAAAGCAUUCCGCAGUUUAUCGGUCGUUUUGCAUCCGGAUAAAAAUGACGCCGAAGAUGCCAACGUUCAAUUCCGGAAUUUGGUAUCCGUUUAUGAAGUACUCAAAGAUACAGCCAAACGAGAAAAAUACAAUAAGGUACUUAAAGAUGGUUUGCCAGAUUGGAGAUCAGCUUUGUACUAUUAUCGACGUUAUCGCAAGAUGGGAUUGGCCGAAAUGAUUGGAUUGGUUUUUGUCAUUUUUACCAUUGGACAGUAUAUAGUUUCUUGGGCGGUCUAUGCCGAAAAAAAGUAUACAGCUGAAUCACUGUUCGGCUCAAAACUUCGAAAAUUGCAAAAGAAAAACAAAAGUGCUGUGAAUAUAGAUGAGCUAUUGAAUCAAAUACCAACACCAAGUAUAAAAAAUACACUUCCAUUUCAAAUUGUCCGAGGUGUUUGGAACACCCCACGUGCGAUUAAAGAUUUCUUCACCGAUAUGCAUGACUAUAAACAACAGAUACUCGAAGAAAAACGAAGAGAGGCCGAAGAAGCUGAGCAACAACGGCAAUUAGAAGAGGAAUUUGCGAGAGCAAAAGAGGCAAAAAAAGAGGGUAUGCGAAAGCGCAAGCCAGUAUUCACCGCCAAAGAAAAGACCGAUGAAGAAUUGAAGGGUUAUGCUCAGUUGAACGUGGACAUGGCGAAAGGAAAGGUCAAAGCAGUUGAAACCAAGGCGCCAGUAUUAAGUGGUGGUUUUUGGACGGAUGAUGAUUUGAAUGAAUUAACGCGUUUGACCAAGAAAUAUCCAAAUGGAACACUGUCUCGAUGGGAUGUCAUUGCUGAGCACAUGAAUCGUUCGGUGCAAGAGGUGACAUUUAUGGCGGCAAAAAUGAAAGAGCCAAGCUAUCGCCAAACAGACAGUGUUGCCGAAUCGAUUGUACAAGAGGCCACAAAGAAAGUGAAAAAAGUUGCAGGCGAUGUGAAAACUGCACCUGCCGAAGUUGUCUGGACGCAGGAGCAACAAAAACUUUUGGAAACAGCCAUAGUUAAGUAUCCAAAAACAACCGCCGGUGAUCGAUGGCAGAAAAUCGCAAACACUGUACCCGGUAAAACGAAAGAAGAAUGUUUGGCGCGAUACAAGUAUCUUGUGCAAAAGUUGAAAGAGCAGAAACAAAAAGAAGCAGAAAACGAAGAAAAGGUACAAAAAUCAGAAGACAACGAAGUAGAUAGAGUAGAAAAUGUCGAAAAUUCAGAAAAAGAUGCGGAACCAGAGCCAGAGCCAGAGCCCGAAUUAGUAGAAGAAGAAGAAGAACCGUUUGUGGCAAAGAAAACCGGCGGCAAGCCUCGAAACAAACGAAAAGAACGAAAAAAGCGCAUGGAUUUUUCAAGCGAUGAAGAAGAUAAUUUGGAUUAUGAAUAAUUUAAGAGAAUUUUCAGUUUUAAUCAAUAAAUACAGUGGAUUUUUUUAAAAAUAA